GAGCGGGGGAGUUUAUGCCACUGGCAGGGAACAGUUUCUCCCGCUGAGCCGUGACAGCGCCAGGGAUUACAAUGGUUGACACAGAAAUGCCGUUUUGGCCAAUUAAUUUUGGAAUUAGUCCAGUGGAUCUGUCUGCAAUGGAUGAUCAUACACAUUCCUUCGACAUAAAGCCAUUUACCACUGUUGACUUUUCAAGCAUUUCUUCACCACACUAUGAAGAUAUCCCUCUUGCAAGAACUGAUCAGACAAGCAUUGAUUAUAAAUAUGAUAUCAAGCUCCAGGAUUGCCAGGGUGCAAUCAAAAUGGAGCCCCCCUCCCCACCCUAUUUUUCAGAAAAAGUUCAGUUGUAUAAUAAACCUCAUGAGGAGUCUUCCAACUCCCUUAUGGCUAUUGAAUGCCGUGUGUGUGGGGACAAAGCCUCUGGAUUUCAUUAUGGUGUGCAUGCAUGUGAAGGUUGUAAGGGCUUUUUUCGAAGGACAAUCAGAUUAAAGCUAAUUUAUGACAGGUGUGAUCUUAACUGUCGCAUCCAUAAGAAAAGCAGAAAUAAAUGUCAAUACUGCAGAUUUCAGAAAUGCCUCGCAGUUGGAAUGUCACAUAAUGCCAUCAGGUUUGGGCGAAUGCCACAAGCGGAGAAGGAGAAGCUCUUGGCAGAGAUUUCCAGCGACAUCGACCAGUUAAACCCUGAAUCUGCUGAUCUGCGAGCACUUGCCAAGCAUUUGUAUGACUCAUAUAUAAAGUCCUUCCCUCUGACCAAAGCCAAGGCGAGGGCGAUCUUGACAGGAAAGACGACAGACAAAUCACCAUUUGUUAUUUAUGACAUGAACUCUCUAAUGAUGGGAGAAGAUCAGAUCAAGUGCAAGCACGUGUCUCCGCUGCAGGAGCAGAACAAAGAGGUGGCGAUCCGCAUCUUCCAGAGGUGUCAGUUUCGCUCGGUGGAGGCAGUGCAGGAGAUCACCGAGUUUGCCAAGAACAUUCCAGGUUUUGUGAAUCUUGACCUGAAUGAUCAAGUAACGCUCCUGAAAUAUGGUGUCCAUGAGAUCAUAUAUACUCUCUUGGCUUCCCUGAUGAAUAAAGACGGAGUUCUUAUAUCUGAUGGACAAGGAUUCAUGACACGGGAGUUUCUGAAGAGCCUGAGAAAACCUUUCUGUGACUUUAUGGAGCCCAAGUUUGAGUUUGCUGUGAAGUUCAAUGCACUGGAAUUAGACGACAGUGACCUGGCAAUAUUUAUAGCUGUCAUUAUACUAAGUGGAGAUCGCCCAGGUUUGUUAAAUGUGAAACCCAUUGAAGAUAUACAAGACAAUCUGUUGCAAGCUUUGGAGCUCCAGCUAAAGCUGAAUCAUCCAGAAUCGUCACAGCUGUUUGCAAAGUUGCUUCAGAAAAUGACGGACCUCAGACAGAUUGUAACGGAACAUGUGCAGCUGUUGCAAAUAAUAAAGAAAACGGAGACAGAUAUGAGUCUUCACCCACUCCUACAAGAAAUCUAUAAAGACUUAUAUUAAUGACCACAGUAGUUUUAAUCCGCUGACAUAAUGUAUGUUCUUCAGAUUGCACUAUUUCUUUGAGGGAAAACAUUGCAUACCUAAGAAAUUACUGUGAAACAGCAUUUAAAAAAGAGAGAGCUUAGUAUAGUAGAUCUAUUUUAUGCAUAUUGUUUAUA